GUUGGAGAUCGUGGUCGCUGUCUUUUAGGCCACGCCGCCUCAACCCCACCACUCUUCACGACACCGUUCCGCACGCCGGUACAUGCACUGCGACCAGUGAUAGCACCUUCACUCUCUCGUCCCCUGAGGAUUUUCUUUCUGUACUCCUCGUCCGUUUGGACAGAUAGCCAAAAUGUCCGGAACAGACUACACAUACGAUGGAGAGGGACAAUUCUUCCCAUACUUCAUCGUUACCCUCACUAGUUUCGUCACAAUACCCGUUACUUACUCGCUUCUAAAGCCUAGCAAAGAGCUUGAGAGCACCGCGACCCGCAUAUCCUCUGACUUUGCACCCGAACAUGCCGACCUCGUCGAGAAGCAGCGCAAAAAGCAGAAGCGGAGGGAGCGAAGGAUAAAGCGGGCUAUUGUCAGCUUGAUUGGGUGGUCCGUUAUUGCAGGCAUGAUCUACCUGAUCAUCGUCACUGCGCAAAAUGUACCGAAAAUCUGGGACCCGUAUGAUGUCCUGGGCGUGUCUAGGUCGGCGAGCGAGAAGGAAAUUAAGAAACACUACCGAAAGCUGUCCCUCACCCAGCAUCCCGAUAAGCGACGUGAAGAUCUGGAGAAGAACAUCACCGCAGAUGCAAUUAACGAUCACUGGGUAGAGGUCACAAAGGCUUUCAAGGCACUCACCGACGAGGAAGUCCGCAACAACUUCCUCCAGUAUGGCCACCCUGACGGAAAGCAAAGCUUCAGCAUCGGUAUUGCUUUGCCUAAGUGGCUCGUGUCCGAAGGAUCUGGCAAAUACGUUCUCCUGAUGUACGCCCUCGCUCUCGGCGUGAUUCUCCCUUAUACGGUUGGCAAGUGGUGGUAUGGCACUCAGCGGAUGACCAAGGAUAAGAUCCUCGUCGCCAGCGCCGGCAAGCUUUUCCGCGAAUAUGACAACGACCAGGGCGAAAGUGGCGUUGUGGGAGCCUUGAGCAGCGGAGAAGAAUUCAACGAGGUUAUGGCAGGACACAAGGCCGACAAUGGACUUUCCAAGCUCGAGCAAAAGGUCUUGUCGGAAGGUACUGGGGCUUUGGUCCUGGGCGCCUUAUCCAAGAAGGACCGUCAGAAGCUUGACGAGCUAGAGGACAGCAGAAGGCGGAAAGUUCUCACGCUAUUGUGGGCAUACCUCGGGCGUGUUGAGCUGCAAGAUGAGACACUCAAUGAGGAAAAGUACGAGGUCGCACCCAUCGCGCUCAAACUCAACGAGGCCUACACAUCCAUCGCAUUGGCAUACGGCUCCACAAAGGCUGUUCUAGCCGCAUACCACACUUCUCAACUUCUGAUCCAAUCGCUACGACCUGGCGCAUCCCCUUUGGAACAGCUUCCUCACUUCACCCCCGCCGUCGCUAAUGCUGCAGAGGCAGAGCGAUCGCGGGCUCACUUGUCAAUCCAGGAAUUUUUGGACCUGCCAGUCGCUGAGCGCAAGGCGCGAGUAGUCGCACCUGGUCUUCUGUCGGAUUCGCAGUACACGCAAGCGCUGGCCGUGGCAUCGCAGCUUCCUGUUCUGCAUGUGGAGAAGCCAUUCUUCAAGGUCGUUGGCGAGCGCUUCGUCACACCAAGCAGUUUGGUCCAAUUUGUCGUCAAAGCGCGUUUUAUUCCUCCGGGAUCCACCAAUGUCCCCGAGGUGGACCCGAAGGAUCUUCUUGACAUUGAUCCAGACGAAGGAGAUGUCGCUGCUAUCACAGGCCGCAAAGACGAUCGCUCCGGCCAGAAGCCUAUCCAGCCGCCUCUAGCUCAUGCACCGUACUACGCUCGCGAUCACGCGCCCAAGUGGCACAUCUUCCUCGCAGAUAGCAAGCAAGGCCGCAUUGCUGUGCCUCCCUUUACUUUUUCCACUUUCGACAAGCCCAUCCUCGACGAGAGUGGGAAGCCAACGUACAAUGUGCAAACACUCAAGAUGCAGUUUGGUGCUCCGCCCCAGCCGGGUGCCUACACCUUCGUGAUGCACAUGAUUUGCGACAGCUACAUCGGCAUGGACAGCAAGAUGGAGGUGACGCUGAAUGUCGAAGACGCAAGCAAGGCUGAGGAAGUGGAAGAGGAGGGCGAGAUCAGUGAGCCAGAUGAGGACACAAUUGCGGGCCAGAUGCGCACGCUGAAGUCGGGCGGUGUGCCGGCGCCUAAAAAGCGCAGGGGGGGUGACGAUGAUUCGAGUGAUGGCAGCGAUACCGAAGGCGACGUCGAGUCCGAGAGCGAGACGGAUACCGACACCUCAGAUGAGGAAUGAACUUUUCUUCCCUUCUCAACAUUUCUCAUCUUCACUUGACACGCUUUUCUGCGUGGGUAUGUAUCUCGCAGCUCUGGUGGGUUCGCUAGGACAGCCAAACCGACUUCGUUUUGGCGAAUGGCAUUUGCAGGCGUUUUAGACCAAUAUCCCUUGUGGCUUGGAAUGGAGUAGGGCGGGUAGAUAUUGGGUAGCGAUGGAUGGAUUUCAGGGGAGUAGGACGUAUGUGUACACAGUACAGAACAGAUCGGAUCAAUUGUUAUGCAUGUUGCUCCUGCACUCGUGUCAAGUUCAUUGCCGCGUGUCUUUCCCGCCUACGGUGUUGGGUAAAAUC